CAGGAGGAGCAUCAGCAAAGUGGUGUACGAUGAUCAUGAGAGCGAAGAGGAGGAGGAGAGCGUGGUGUCCGAAGAGGAAGAGGAGGGGGACCCCGAGGAUAACCAGGACUCCGAGGAGCAAGAGGAAGAGGAGAUCAUGGAGGAGGAGGACGACGACGACGACUCCGAUUACCCCGAGGAGAUGGAGGAUGAAGAUGAUGCCAGCUAUUGCACUGAGAGCAGCUUCAGGAGCCACAGCACCUACAGCAGCACCCCAGGUAGAAGAAGACAAAGAGUGCAUCGUCCACGUUCUCCAAUAUUGGAAGAAAAAGACAUACCACUCCUUGAGUUUCCUAAAUCCUCUGAGGACUUAAUGGUGCCUAAUGAGCAUAUAAUGAAUGUUAUUGCCAUCUAUGAGGUACUACGGAACUUUGGCACUGUUUUACGCCUGUCUCCUUUUCGUUUUGAGGACUUCUGUGCUGCUCUGGUAAGUCAAGAGCAAUGCACACUUAUGGCAGAGAUGCAUAUAGUGCUUUUAAAAGCAGUUUUGCGAGAAGAAGACACUUCAAAUACUACCUUUGGACCUGCUGACCUCAAAGAUAGCGUUAAUUCCACUUUGUAUUUCAUAGAUGGAAUGACGUGGCCAGAGGUUCUGCGGGUAUAUUGUGAGAGUGACAAGGAAUACCAUCAUGUUCUUCCUUAUCAAGAGGCAGAGGACUAUCCUUAUGGACCAGUAGAGAGUAAAAUCAAAGUUCUACAGUUCUUAGUAGAUCAGUUUCUUACAACAAACAUUGCACGUGAGGAGCUAAUGUCUGAAGGUGUUAUCCAGUAUGAUGAUCACUGUAGGGUUUGUCACAAACUGGGGGAUUUGCUUUGCUGUGAAACUUGCUCAGCUGUGUACCAUUUAGAGUGUGUGAAACCACCUCUUGAAGAGGUACCAGAGGACGAAUGGCAGUGUGAGGUCUGUGUAGCGCAUAAGGUGCCUGGUGUAACUGACUGUGUUGCUGAAAUCCAAAAAAAUAAACCAUACAUUCGACAUGAACCCAUUGGAUACGACAGAAACAGACGGAAAUAUUGGUUCCUGAACAGAAGACUUAUUAUAGAGGAAGAUUCAGACAAUGAGAAGGAUAAGAAACUCUGGUACUAUAGCACAAAGGUCCAGCUGGCACAGUUAAUUGAAUGCCUAGACAAAGAUUACUGGGAAGCUGAUCUUUGCAAAACUCUUGAAGAAAUGUGCCAAGAAAUUCAUCGGCAUAUGGAUAUCACAGAAGACCUUACUAACAAAGCACGGGGCAACAACAAAUCUUUCCUUGCUGCAGCAAAUGAUGAAAUAUUGGAUGCUAUUAGAAUAAAAAAAGGAGAAAUAGUGGAGGAUACAAGUCAAGCAGCUGAGGAAACAGAUAAGGACAAAAAUGAUGUUGAAAAUAAUGACCAAACAGAUACUGAAAAAAGCAAGGAAGAACCUGGAGACCAACUACAGGAAAAAAAUGAAGAAACACCACCUGAACAAGAUUCAGAAAACGGAAAAACAGAAGAGCCAACAGACGUUGGGGAUAAAAGUAACUCUGUGGCAUCAAGCACAGACGGCAGCACCACAAAUCCGUCUGCAGGAGAAACUAGUUCCUCUGAAGGGAAGAACGCAAUGGGGUGUCAGUCAGAAACCUUUGAUAGCAACAAUGUGGCAGAGAAGAAGUUGGCAUCAGAGCUCCCCGAGGAUCUCUCAGAAGAAACUGGUCAGAUGACCCCCAGCAUCAGUCCUAGUGCAUCAACUGCACCCCUCCAGUCUGUCGAAAACAGCAACAACAGCGAGGUAAAUUCUAUGCAGGAUGACUCCAUUAAGACAUCUGAUGAUGCUGAAAAUGCAGAAGUAGGAUCCCAGACCUCAGAAGAAAUAGGGGAGAAAUCCAAUGGUGAAAGAAGUGAUUCUCCAUGCACAGGGAAAGGCACAUCAGGCUCGACACGAAUGCUUACCCGAUUACGAAAUCCAGAUAGCAAGCUGAGCCAGAUGAAAAGCCAGCAGGUUGCUGCAGCAGCACACGAAGCAAAUAAAUUAUUUAAAGAAGGCAGAGAGGUUCUGGUGGUUAACUCCCAAGGGGAAAUCUCCCGAUUGAACACCAAGAAAGAAAUUGUGAUGAAAGGAAACAUCAGUAAUUAUUUCAAGUUAGGUCAAGAGGGGAAGUAUCGUGUCUAUCACAACCAGUACGCCACCAACUCAUUUGCAUUGAACAAACACCAGCACAGAGAAGACCAUGACAAGAGACGGCACCUUGCACAUAAAUUCUGUCUGACUCCUGCUGGAGAAUUCAAAUGGAAUGGGUCUGUACAUGGGUCCAAGGUUCUUACCAUAUCUACUCUGAGGCUAACUAUCAUUCAGCUAGAGAGCAACAUCCCUGCAUCAUUCCUUCACCCCAACUGGGCCUCCCAUAGGUCUAACUGGAUUAAAGCUGUUCAAAUGUGUAGCAAACCUAGAGAAUUUGCACUAGCUUUGGCUAUAUUGGAGUGUGCAAUUAAACCAGUUGUUAUGCUGCCAAUUUGGCGGGAGUCCUUGGGACACACUAGAUUACACAGAAUGACAGCUAUUGAAAGAGAAGAAAAGGAGAAGGUGAAAAAAAAAGAGAGGAAACAAGAGGAGGAAGAAACAAUGCAACAGGCUACAUGGGUGAAAUAUACUUUUCCUAUCAAACAUCAGGUUUGGAAACAAAAAGGAGAGGAAUAUAGAGUAACAGGAUAUGGUGGUUGGAGCUGGAUUAGUAAAACACAUGUUCAUAGGUUUGUGCCUAAAUUACCUGGAAAUACUAAUGUCAAUUACAGAAAAGUGCUACCAAGAAAGAAUGAUGUUGCCACUGAAAAUGAGUGUGAAUUGGAUAAAAGAAAAAGUCCAGCAAAAGUAAAAAUAGAGACUGAUUCUUUUAAAGAAAGAAAAAAAGAUUCUCAUGAUCCACAAGAGAAGGACCAAAAGGAAAUAGAAAUUUCUGAAACCUUGGAGAGAGUCCAAGUAAAGGAAGAAAACAAAAUGAAUGAAGAAAAGGUGGAAAUUGAUACGAAUUCUGAAAACUUAGAUCAUGCAAAAGCUGAAGUGGAAAGAGAAGUUGAUUGUGAAAAUAGAGCCAUCAAGGAAGAACCCAUGGAGAUAGAUGAUGUAAAAAUUGAAUCCCCCACAAAAAAUGAGGAUAUUCACUCUAAAGCAGAUUUAAUCAAUGUCAGCGAGGGGUUUCACUUAAGGACUUGCUACAAAAGAAAAGUAAAAACAUCGAAAUUAGAUGGACUACUUGAAAGGAGAGUAAAACAGUUUACGCUGGAAGAAAAACAGCGCCUAGAAAGGAUGAAGUUGGAGGCUAGUUCUAAAUCUGUAGGCAGUAGAUCUGUGAGUCCACAGAAAAACAUAGAUGAGCCACAAACAACUAAAGCAAAAGAAGGAAGCCAGAUACACAUGUCUCCCCAAGACAGAACCCAUAUUUCAGGUAAGAUCCAAACUGAAGAUUCAGUACAGGACUGCUUGCCAACCAGCAGUACACCUUGUACCAAAACCAGUGAACCAGACGAGCCUUCUUUGCCUUCCAUAGACAGACUGACAAAAAGAGAAGGCCAAGUACUGGAUGAUGCCUCUGAAAUUCAAAGUUCAGUUCAGAACAUCACUAAAGAAGGUGAUUCUGAACCAGUCGCUACUGAUAAUAGUCCAGUACAAGAGGUUCUUAAAAAAAGAGAGCGUGAGAGUCCCCUCAUGGAUGACAUAAAACAAACACACAGAGAAGAUAUAAGCAAGAGUGGCACCUUAAACAAUGAAAAAUCUUCAGAACAAAAAAUAUUUAAUACCACAGUGUCUCAGAGUGAAUGUGAAAACCCAUUACAGCCAGUGGUAACUGAAAGCAGCUGUGAAACAGAUGUUCAGCCCAUUGCUGAAAAAGCAACCUCAGAAGAAAAACCUGAAAAACAGGUCUGUGACCCAGAAAAUAAUUGCACGCUGAAAAGCCAUUCUGAAUCAGUGUCCCCACAAGAAAAUGAUGAGGGAAAAGAUAUUGCUCAGAAAAACACUGAUCUUAAAACAGAAAACAAGAUUUUAUCUGGUCAGAAACAAUCAUUAAAAAACGAGCUACCUUUAGAAAAAACACCUGAAAGCCAAACUCCUGAACAUAUGGGUGGAGUAAAUGUUAGUGGUGAUUUAUUGAAUUCUAAAGUCACUGAAGCCAAUGGUGAAAAGCCAGGUGAGGAACAGAAAAUGGAAGCAAGUACCAUAAACAAAUGUCUUGAUCAGCUGAAUCUAAAAAGUAUCACUGACAAAAAGAACAAUAAACAUGGAGAAAUAGAGACUAAAGUGGAGAGAGAGAAAUCGGUGGCAUUUCAAAUUAAUGGAAAAGACAGUGACAUUAAGGUAUUGUCAAAUGAAGACUGUUUAAUGAAAGAUACCUGUGAUACUAAGGCAGGGAGUGAUAUUGAACCUAAAGUCAAUAAUAUUAGUAAAUCCAUUCCUGAACAUGAAAUAAAACCAUUGACUAUUAAAGAAUCCUCUGUAAAACGAUUCAUGAAUGGUGAUAUCACUAUGGAGGAUACAGAUUUAAAAAAUAACUUGGAUACUAAAUCAUGUUUACAAAGUUCAGCGGACAUUGGUGGUGAAUCUGGAGAGUAUCCUCUGCUUCCAGAUAAAAUGUCCAAAUGUGUGCAAAAUAUUGGAGAAAAGCAGCAUUCUCUUGAAAGAUCCAGCUUUGUUGAUAGUGCUUCUACACAAGCACAGCUUUCCUGUAAAGAAAAUAAUGUGAUUAGUGAAGUAGAAUCCAUGGAAACAGAAGCCAUUGAGGGUAAGGAAGUUGCACCCUCACCAGUAACUUCUUGUGAGGAAUCUAGCUUGAGUAGUGACUUUACUGAUCAGAAUGGCCUGCAGAUGUAUAAUAAAGUUGAAAAUAUCAAUGGAGAAAAUAAAACAAAAAAUAAAACUGUUAUUACAGAAGUGACCACCACAACAUCCACUGUUUCCACAGAAUCGAAAACGGUGUUUAAAGUAGCAGAGUUGUCAGCCUUCAAGGAUGAUAAACAAACUAUGGUGUCAUCUACAGAAAAUUGUGCCAUUUCCACUGUAACUACCACCACCACUGUAACUAAGCUUACCGCACCUGCUGCAGACAGCAAUGUCGAUGUCAUCUCUGUACAGGAGCACAGUAAAACUGUGAUUACCACAACAGUAACUGAUUCAUUAACUAUUCCAGGAGGCACAUUGGUGACUUCCAUGACUGUGAGCAAAGAAUAUUCCACAAGGGACAAAGUGAAGUUAAUGAAAUUUUCGAGACCCAAAAAGACUCGUUCUGGAACAGCCUUGCCAUCUUACAGAAAAUUUGUUACCAAAAGCAGUAAAAAGAGCAUAUUUGUUUUACCCAAUGAUGAUUUAAAAAAGUUGGCCAGAAGAGGAGGGAUCAGAGAGGUUCCCUAUUUCAACUACAAUGCAAAACCUGCCAUGGAUAUUUGGCCAUAUCCAUCCCCAAGACCAACUUUUGGUAUCACUUGGAGAUAUCGACUUCAAACCGUGAAAUCAUUGGCUGGGGUGAGCCUUAUGUUGCGGUUACUCUGGGCAUGUUUAAGGUGGGAUGAUAUGGCUGCAAAACCCCCACCUGGGGGAGGAACUACACGCACAGAAACAUCUGAAACUGAAAUUACAACAACUGAAAUAAUCAAACGGAGGGAUGUUGGUCCUUAUGGUAUUCGUUCAGAGUACUGUAUAAGAAAAAUAAUUUGCCCUAUUGGUGUACCAGAGGCUCCAAAAGAAACUCCUACACCUCAGAGGAAAGGCCUUCGAUCAAGUGCACUGAGGCCAAAGAGGCCAGAAACACCCAAGCAGACUGGCCCUGUUAUCAUUGAAAGUUGGGUAGCAGAGGAGGAAUUGGAAUUAUGGGAGAUCAGGGCAUUUGCUGAAAGGGUGGAGAAAGAAAAGGCACAGGCAGUUGAGCAGCAGGCUAAGGUUAGUGAACAGAAGAAGGCUGAGGAAUUCAAGGCCCAAAUGGAGGUUCAACUAAAACAGCAACGAUUGGCUGCCCAGCAGAAGCGACUGGAACAACAGAAGCAGUUACCUACAACAGCCACUUCGGUCACUACAGCAAGCAGCACUGCAACCACUGCCUCCACUCCACAGAAGGUUGUGGUAGGCCCAUUAACAGGCCCAGUUCCUACUGGAACCAAGGUGGUGCUUACUACUAAAGUGGGCUCUCCAGCUACAGUAACAUUCCAGCAGAACAAGAACUUCCAUCAGACUUUCGCUACCUGGGUUAAACAAGGCCAGUCCUCAGCAGCUACCAGCACAGCUGCUACAUCAGCUACAACCAUUGCCAGCACAGGUCAGACGUUCCAGAUUGCAGGCAGUCCAGUAACUAUGGCAGGCAAAGUGAUAACAAAGUUGCCACUUCCAGCAAACAGCAAGAUUGUUGCCGUCAAUGUGCCAUCAACCCAAGGAGGUGUUGUUCAAGUUCAGCAAAAAGUGUUGGGUAUCAUUCCAUCAACUACAGGUGCAAAUCAACAAACAUUUACUUCAUUCCAGCCACGGACAGCGACUGUAACUAUUAGGCCAAAUACCACAGGGACUCUAGGUACAACCUGUACUUCACAAAUAAUGCCAGGAACACCUCUCCGCCCAGGUAUGACAGUAAUACGGACACCACUUCAGCCAUCAACAUUAGGAAAGGCCAUUAUUCGAACACCUGUAGUGGUGCAGCAAGGUCAGACUCAACAGGUGGUGACUCAGAUAAUUAGAGGUCAGCCUGUCUCAACUGCAGUGUCUAAUGCUAGCACAACAACUUCAAGUCCUGGACAAAAGGUAGCAACAGCUCCAGGAACACCUCCACAGAAUAUACAACCACAAACCACAACACCGCAGCCCACUCGUCCCCAGCAAGGGCAGGUGAAACUUACUAUGGCCCAACUCACGCAGCUAACUCAAGGACAGGGUGGCAGUCAAGGGUUGACUGUGGUAAUUCAGGGACAGGGUCAAACUACUGGCCAGUUACAGUUGAUACCUCAGGGUGUGACUGUAAUACCAGGUCCAGGACAACAACUAAUGCAAGCGGCCAUGCCGAAUGGUACAAUUCAAAGAUUCCUUUUCACUCCAUUAUCAUCAUCCGCUACAACAGCUAGCACAACUACUACGACAGUUUCCACUUCGACAUCAGCUACGGGAGAACAGAAACAAGCCUCACAAACACAGACACAACCAGUGCUGCCACCAAUUCAGCCCCACCCUCACAGUCAAUUGCAAGCUCAGCCACAGAUGCAAACCCCAAGUAUUCAGCCUCAGCCCCCAGCCCAGCCUCAGACUACUCAGCCCUCACUUCAGCCUGAAGAUCAGACACAGCCUGAAUCUCAGUCUCCAACAUCAGCUCAGUCUCCAGUCAAAUCUGAAGCACAAACUGUCGUGGCACAAUCAACGAAAACUCCAGUCACAGUUCAGUCUCCACCACAGACCCAGGUUCAAGGGCUGCCUCAAAUUCAAAUCCAAAAUCAACCACAGACUGUCAUCCAUCCACAAGCUCAGUCCCAAGUCCAAGCUCUGCAGCAGGCUCAGGUGCAGACCACAACCCAGCAACAGAUACAAAUGCAACCCCAAGCUUCUAUACAAAUACAAGCUCAAAUGCAGCAGCAGUCGCAACCCCAGAUUCAGACUUCCCUUCAGACUCUUCCAGCUGCACAAAAUUUAAAUCAAGUUACUGUACAAUCUCCACCUCGCCCUCAGCUGCAGAUCCAGCAGCCUACAACAAAAGUUAUUACUGUACCUCAGCUUCAGCAGCAAGUCCAAGUUCUCUCCCAACUUCAGUCUCAUGUUGUAGCUCAGAUACAGGCCCAGCAGGGUGGUGUGCCCCAGCAGAUUAAGCUUCAGUUACCUAUUCAGAUUCAACAAGCCAGCCCAGUGCAGGCUCACCAGAUUCAGAAUGUGGUAACAGUUCAAGCAGCUAGUGUUCAAGAGCAGCUGCAAAGGGUUCAGCAGCUCAGGGAGCAACAGCAAAAGAAAAAGCAGCAACAGAUAGAAAUUAAACGUGAACACACUCUUCAGGCUUCUAAUCAAAGUGACAUUAUCCAAAAACAGGUGGUGAUGAAACACAAUGCUGUAAUAGAACACUUGAAACAGAAAAAGACACUGACCCCGGCUGAACGAGAAGAAAAUCAGAGAAUGAUAGUGUGUAAUCAGGUGAUGAAGUAUAUUUUGGAUAAGAUAGAUAAAGAAGAAAAACAGGCAGCUAAGAAACGGAAGCGAGAAGAGAGUGUGGAACAGAAGCGUAGUAAACAGAAUGCUACCAAGCUCUCAGCUCUGCUUUUCAAACAUAAAGAACAACUUAAAGCUGAAAUACUGAAAAAAAGAGCACUUCUGGACAAAGAUCUACAAAUCGAAGUGCAGGAAGAGCUAAAGAAAGACUUGACUAAAAUUAAGAAAGAAAAAGAAAAAGCACAGGCAGCAGCUGCCGCUGCUGCUGCCGCCGCUGCCGCCGCAGCAGCUGCCGCUGCUGCUGCAGCAGCAACACCACCUCCACCUCCUCCUCCACCACCGCCACCAUCACAGCAUGCCACCAGCGUCACAUCUGCCACCACAGUCCCAGCGCCAGUAUCUUCCCAGAAGAGAAAACGAGAGGAGGAGAAAGAUUCUUCAGCUUCCAAGUCCAAGAAAAAGAAAAUGAUUUCUACUACCUCAAAGGAAACCAAGAAGGACACAAAGCUUUAUUGCAUCUGUAAAACACCUUAUGAUGAAUCAAAGUUCUAUAUUGGCUGUGAUCUUUGUACUAACUGGUAUCAUGGAGAAUGUGUUGGCAUCACAGAAAAGGAGGCUAAGAAAAUGGAUGUGUACAUCUGUAAUGAUUGUAAACGGGCACAAGAGGGCAGCAGUGAGGAAUUGUACUGUAUCUGCAGAACACCUUAUGAUGAGUCACAAUUUUACAUUGGCUGUGACCGAUGUCAGAACUGGUAUCACGGGCGCUGUGUUGGUAUUUUGCAAAGUGAGGCAGAUCUCAUUGAUGAGUAUGUCUGUCCACAGUGUCAGUCUACAGAAGAUGCCAUGACAGUACUCAGUCCGCUGACUGAUAAAGAUUAUGAGGGAUUACGAAGAGUACUACGUUCCUUACAGGCUCACAAGAUGGCAUGGCCAUUCCUAGAACCAGUAGAUCCCAAUGAUGCACCAGAUUAUUAUGGUGUUAUCAAAGAGCCUAUGGACCUUGCUACCAUGGAAGAAAGAAUCCUGAAACGUUACUACAAAAAGGUGACAGAGUUUGUGGCAGAUAUGACCAAAAUUUUUGAUAACUGUCGUUACUACAAUCCAAGUGACUCCCCUUUUUACCAAUGUGCAGAGGUUCUUGAAUCAUUCUUUGUACAGAAGUUAAAAGGAUUCAAGGCAAGCAGGUCUCAUAACAACAAACUGCAGUCUACAGCUUCUUAGAGUUCAGCGUGUUAACCUAACACACACACAGCAAGAAUCUGGUUGUCUGAAAAUUUUUAAUUAAGAAGCCAGAUGGUUUUUAGUCAGGUUAUCCUGACAAGACUUGAUGUAAACUGUGUUUUUAUUGGUCACAGCAGUCAAAUUAUAUUCUUGGCUUAUUUUGUCCAAAGGACAAAGGAAUAAAAAUCAGCAGCACCACUUUCUUGUCAAGAUCAAAUUGUUGUACUAUUGUGGCAGAAGUGAGAAACCUUUGUUUUGUUGGCGAGAGAGAGAGCAAGCAAGCAAGAAAAAAGAUACAGUAAAUGGGGUCAAGUUUAACUCCAUGGAAAUGCCACGUCUGUUCUUCAGUGAAGAAGCUGGUUUAAAGUCCACACAGAAAACUUUGACUGUAUUUAUUUAUUGUUGCAAAAAAGGACGCUUUUUUAUUGCUGCCCUCAUUUGUCAGCUAAUUAUUUUUUCUUAUAAAAUCCGGCCCCGGUUACAUGUAAUCCAUUCUGUAUCUUAACAUGAUUCCUGUAGGUAAAAGUACAAGAAGACCUCUAGAUGUCUUUUCUUUCUAUGAAAGGAGCUGCUAUGUACACAUGUGCACACACACAAAAACUGGGAAUCAACAAUGAGUUUAUCAUUCGUGGUAAAGAAAAACGAUUAAGCUUGCAUAAAAGUUGGGCUAAGUGGUCACAGACUACAGACUCUGUUGCCUUGAAUAUAACAGUACAAUUUGUCAUUUACUCUGCACCAGACUGAAAUGAGUAAAAUCUAUUUGAAGGUAUCUUGUUUGUAAACAUUUGUCAGAUUCUAAUUUU